AUGUCUUUGGCUGAUGGGACGAAAACACGCAGAGAGGAGCAUUUCCCCAGCCUGGUGGUAGAAAGCGGCGGGAAUUCUGCAAAGGGCAGGAGCAAGAGCAGCCUGGAUGCAGGCACUCACCGGCCAGGGAGCAGCAAGUCCUCCAAUGGGAGCGUGGAUUUCAGCAGGUCUCGUUGCGCCUGCAGAAGCUUAACUUCCUAUGACUAUUCGGAAGACUUUCUCUCGGAUGGCUCGGAAACAUUCUCUCACCUAAAACACUCAGAGCAAUCUGUGGUGAAGGAAAAGAAGAAAAAGUGUAGUACUUCUAAAAUCCCCCACCUUACAGGCCAGAAGGAAAUCCCCGUUGAAAAAAAGCACAAUUGGAAUGCAUCAUUCUUUAACUCUCAAGUCAAUAUGAUUGCCCAGAGAAGAGAUGCUAUGACCCAUCGGAUACUCUCAGCAAGACUUCAUAAGAUUAAAGAGCUGAAAAAUGAAUUAGCUGACAUCCAUCGUAAAUUGGAAGUCCUUGUCACAGAAAACCAGCUUUUGAAACAACUUCAGGUUAGGCACUUGAAAGCUAUAGGAAAACAUGUGAACUCACAAAAUAAUCUGCCUCAGAUUACCGUUAAACACCAGAAUGAAGUGAAAAAUUUAAGACAGCUUCUCAGGAAAUCGCAGGAGAAGGAAAGAACUGUAUCCAGGAAGCUCAGAGAAACUGACAGUGAGUUACUGAAGACCAAAGAUGCCUUGCAGGCCCUGCAGAAACUUUCUGAAGACAAAAAUCUUGCAGAAAGGGGUGAGCUGACUCACAAGUUGUCUGCUCUUACAGCAAAAAUGGAGGCAAAUGACAAAAAAAUACAGAGCUUGGAGAAACAGCUGAGGCUGAACAGGCGGGCCUUUGGUCGGCAGCUGGCCACUGAAAACCGGAAGACGGCGGCCGCACAGGCAUCCACGAAGAUGCUUCAGGAGGAAGUGAGGCACCUGCAGCAGAAGCUUAAGGAGAAGAAUCGUGAGCUUGAAAUUAAAAACAUCUACACUAAUCGAAUAUUUAAAAAUUUACAUGAAGAAGAUGAUUACCCAAAAGUUUCUUCAACAAAAUCAGUGCAAGCAGACAGAAAAAGUUUGCCAUUGAUAAGUAUGAGACACCAGGAAACUCAAAAGUCUUGGACAACUAAGAUUAAAAAGACAACAGGAAACCUUGGUAACAAAGAAAAAUCAGCUGAAAUACACUGUGAGAUUGCUCACUAUACCAGUAAACUACCAAAGCAAGAGGAGCCUAAGAGAAAAUAUGAAGACUUACCCAGGGGAGAGGAGCACUCCGAAGCCCAGGCACCUCUGCAGAACACUAGACGGCAAAAGGAGAGAAAAGACAGUCAGGAAAGGAACCUCCUAGAGGCCGGGGAGCUGUCUCCGAGAAGGGCCGAGGUCACGGCUCCCGAGCCGCAGAGCUUCCCGGACGCCGAGCCCGGGAUGGGACGCAGAGGCCCGGCGGGCGGCGAGGACGACUCCCCUGACAGCAGGCCCGCGGCUGCGGCUCCGGCCCCGGCUCCGGCUCCGGUCCCGGUCCCGGUCCCGGCCCCGGCCCCGGCCCCGGCCCCGACCCGGGGCGCGCCGCGGCCCCCGCGGAAGCACUACCUGUUCUCGGACACCGUGGAGAACCUGCACCAGGGGCUGCCCACGUCCUGCGCGCAGGGCCGGCACCGCGGGGCCGCGGCGACCGGCUACGAGCCCUCCUUCGCCAGGGAGUCCAGGGCCAAGGCCAAGGACGCGGCGUUCCGGGACAAGAAGAACAGCCUGAUGGAGGAGCUCUUCGGUUCGGGCUACGUCCUGAGGGCCGACGAGGCCGAGGACCCCGCCGAGCAGGCUGAGGCCGAGGAUGCGCCCCGGCCCAAGGCGCAGCUCCCGCCCAGCCAGGCCUCGGCCAGCAACGCCUUCGGGGACUCCAAAGUCACCGUGGUCAACUCCAUCCAGCCCUCUUCACCCACAGAAGGAAAAAGAAAAAUAAUUAUUUAA